AUGACCGGCGGCGGCGGCGGCGGGGGAUUCGGGGCGUUUCGGCUGAGCAUGCCGGGGGGCGAUGCGACGGGCGGCGCGGAUAAGCGGCGCGGGAGCGUGGCGGUGUGCUGCGUGGUGGUGCUGCUGAUCAUCGCGCUGGCGUCGGGCGGCGGAUCCGCCAUCUGGGAUGGUAUAGGGGCGGGGACAGGGGGCGGGGGAGCCUUCUCCGCCGGUCCUUCCUACGUGUCGCUCUCCGCCACCCCCGACCCCGCGUCGCUGCGCCCCGAGCGCGUGUUCGCGCAGCCGCCGUGGCGCGUGCGCGACGGCAGCGAGGCGGGGUACCUGUACGGCUGGACGGGGCCCGCGCUCGCGUACCGCAUGGCGUGGAAGCAGCCCGCCGCCCACGGCGGAAGCGCAGGGGCGGGGGGAAAUAUUUCCGCGGACGAGUUCGCGCUGGCGAUGCGCGUGGGGGGCGUGCUGCGGCGCGUGGGCGUGUCGACGGUGGCGGCGAGCGGGCACACCCUGGCAGUGACUCCGGGGGGCGUGGUGCUGUCGUGGGGGCGCGACUGGGACGCGCGCAGACGCCCCGCGGGGCUGCUGGGGCGCGCGGACGGCGCGUUUUGGCGGCCUGCGCCGGUGGAGGGGCUGACGGGGGAGGGGCAGGUGGUGGCGGUGGCGACAGGGCAGUAUCACUCCGUUGCUGUAAUGGAGAGCGGACGUGUGUUCACGUGGGGGCUCAACAACAGGGGGCAGCUGGGCCGACCAAUCAAGAGCAAGGUGCGACGGGCUGUGUGGAGAAGGGGAGGUGUAGAAGGGAGGAGGGGAGGGGUCGGAGGGAGACGGGGUGGGGAGUGGGGAGGGUUGGGCGGGAGAGAGAGGAGGCUGAGGAGGGUGGGAUUUGGUGGGAGGGGAGCCGAGCGGGAGCGUGUGGGAACGGAUAUAGGUGGGGUUAUGAGGAGUUGUGUGGCUCAAAGUGGCCAACCAACGAAGAUCAUAUUAGCUGUGCAUCCUCAUCACUGUUCCAACCCUUUCUACCCUACUCUGAACACCCAACGGUUUUUCCAUCCAUGUCCCGUUCCCACCCACCUCUUGCGCACUUUCCCAUUCGCACAACAGCUCGCUGCAUGCAAGCCCACACUCUUGCAGACGGAAAUGAAUCACAGAAACCGCCUCCUCAUCCCUCUCCCUCCCACCUCUUCCCCUCCCUCCCGCGUCCCGCCCCAUCCCUUCCCUCCCACAUCCGCCCCACCCUGUUCGCACAUCCACCCGAUCCCACCCCAUCCCACCCAUCCCCACAUCUUACCCCACCCCUCCCAGGAGGACGGCUUCCGGCCGGGGCUGGUGGGAGGGCUGCUGGCCCAGGAGCGAGUGCUGGCGAUAGUGGCAGGGCGGUACUUCACACUCGCCAUCUCGCAGCACGGCCGCCUCUUCACCUGGGGCGCCAACCUCUACACCGGCGACGCCCCCUGGCGCCACGAGCACGACUCCGACUUCGAUGACGAUGCCGAUGCUGCUGCUGACGAGUUCCCAGAGAAAGGACCCGCGGGCACGGCCGGGAGCAGCAGUGAGAGGGAGGCGUGGCGGCAGCGGCUGAGAAACGCGGCGCUGGCAGCGGCCCAGCCGAGGGUGGUGGAGGCGGGGGUGGAGGGGGAGCAGGUAGUGGAGGUGGAUGUGGGCACGGACCACUGGGUGGCACUCACAGGGUCGGGCAUGGUGCUCGUGUGCCACACUGGGUUCACUCCUCAGGGGAUUCGGGUUGACACUGAGCAGCACAGAUCGUGGCUGGGAGUGGCGCCCGGGGUUCCCCUUGACCGCCCUGCUGCUGUGCGCGUGCCCCCUCAUCUGGGCUCCCAUCCUGGUGGAGGGGAGGAGGGGAGAGCGGCAGGGCCGGAGGUGCAGUCGGUGGCAGCGGCGCACCACACGACGUUUGCAGUGACAGCGGAUUACAAGGCCGUGUCGUGGGGCGAGGCGGGGCCACUGCUGGGGCGCGCGUGGGGGGAGGGCCAGGGGCAGGUGCCGGCGAAUCGGCCGGGGGUUGUGGGGAGCGGAGGAGGAGGAGGAGGGGCAGUGGGAGGGGAGGGGGUGGUUGGGUUGGAUCGGCAGACGGUGGAGCAGGUGUCGGCUGGGGAGGGCUUUGCUGUGGCGAGGCUGAGCCAUGGCGUGGUGUACUCGUGGGGCGACAACCAGCACGGGCAGCUAGGCCGCCCGGCGCCCUCUCAGGACGGCACUCCGGCGUUAGUGCACGGGCUGGAGCACCUGGAGGUGCUGCUGGUGGUGGCGGGGUCGCAGCAGGGCCUGGUGCUGUGCCGCGCACUGCAGGGCUCUGAAGCCGCCCUGGAGCCCCAGGAGUUUGACGACACGCGUGUGCUCAAUGAGGAGCACGUGUCGCCUGCAACGCUGCCUGAUCCCGAUGCUUCUGCUCCUGCUGCUGCUGUGCCUGUGCCUGGUGGUGCUGGUGGCGUGGGAGCAGGGUUUGGUGCAGCAGUGGGUGCAGCAGUGGGUGCAGCAGGGGGAGCAGUACGGGCUAUGGUGGCGGGUGGGGAAGGAACUGCUGUGGCGAGUGCAGCAGGAGGGGGUGACAUUGGUGCGGGGGAGAAUUGGGUGGAGCGAGUUGGGGGAGGGGCGUCAGCAGCGGAGCAGGGGGGCACGGGAGGGGAGGGGGCAGUGGCGCGGGACAUGUGGAUGAAGUUUGGGGAGGAGUUCAAGAUGCUGCCCCGGCAGGGCAUGGACAGCAGCAUGCGGAACCCGUGCUGGCGCGUGCAGGCAGGCAGUGCGGCGGGUAGUGCGGGCACGGAGGGGGGGGCAGGCCCCGAAGUGCACUGCCUGCCGUACUUCUUCAUCAUCGGUGCCACCAGAAUGUUGUCCGUCCCUCACUGCUCCUUCUUGCACUCGCCCUCGUACUUCCUGCUCCAUCUCCUUUCCCCUUCCCCUCCCUGUGCACCGGCGGGCACGCAGGACCUGUACCGCAAGCUGACGUCCUCCAUCAUCCCGGGCAUAUUCCCAGCCGCCAUCCCCAACCCCCAGUGCUCGUUCCUGUCUUCGUGCGAAAUGGCUCCUUGCAGUUUCUUCUUCUUUGAAUGCUUCCACCAACAGCUCAAAUCGCAGUCCUCUGUCUCGUCCUCCCUUCUCUGCUUCCCUGCCUCUCAUCCUCUCCCCUCCUGCCACACAACAACCACCAUCCUCAUCUCGCCACAGCCACUCCCCUCCCUCCCCUCCUCUCGUCCUCCUCAACUCCAACCCUCUCAUGAACCCAUGACCGCAACUGCCCGAGAGACACACACCCCCACCCAUCACAUCUCCCUGCUCGCCUCCACCCCUCCUCUUCCCAUCCCUUCCCCGCGGUUUCCCCCCCACCUCCUCCCCUCUCCUGCCUCCAUACCCCCGCUGCCCCAUCCCCACCCUCCCUUGUGCAGGUGGGACCGCAACGGAGCACGGGACUUUGCGUGGUACGUGUCGCUGUUUGACGAGGCAGCGCAGCACAUGGUGAACACGGGGGGCAGCGCGGUGACAGGCGAGGCGUCCAGCACGCUGCUCACCAGCUCAGGCGUGGUGCUGCGAGGCCACGUGGACGACAGGCACACGGUGCCGCAGCUGCUGCACCUCGUGCUGCCCAGGAGCAAGUUCAUUGUCAUCCUCCGGAACCCCGUGGACCGGUUUUUCUCCGAGUUUAACCUCGCUGCCGCUGUCAACCCCUCACCCUCCGUUCCCAGGGACUUUCAUAAAUACCGUGUUGGAGGAUGA